UGCACUGCAGUAGGUGUCAGUAUGUUCUUCUUCAUCCUUUUGAAAAGUGUAUUCUUCUUCAUCCUUUUGAAAAGUAUCUUCAACCUAGGGGAGAACCAGGAAGUAACUCGUUUGUUUAGAUUAUUUGCUAGCUUGGUCUUGGCAACUCCAGGAGUUACGUUUUUGCUUGUUUUAGAAAGUGAACGUGUAGCUAGAUAGAGUAUUUCAACAUAGCAUCGUAACAUGAAUAAAACAGAGAGAGGAAUCAUGAGCUCAUUGCUUGUUGUUGUGACUGUAACCUGUGUCCUCGUUAGCCGAGCAGAAUGUCUCACUAGUACUACGCCAAUGCCAUUGAAUUCUUGCAAAGCCUUCUCAACAUGUGACUCAUGCAUUCAAAACCCAAAGUGCCUGUGGUGCAUGACCAACGACACCUGCACAGACUACCCAGUGAGCUACAUUCUGCCUCCGCCUGCAGUGUGUAAACUGUCACAGGCACGAUGGGGAGUGUGUUGGGUGAACUUCGAGGCCCUGAUCAUCGCCAUGGCAGUGUUAGGCGGGACCAUUAUCAUCAGCAUCACAGUCUGUUGCUGCUGCUGCUGUUGCUGCAAGAAACGUCAAUCAGGACCAGACAGAGAUGAGGAGAGGUUUGCCAGGAAGAGAGAGGAGAUCAGACAGCGUGCUGAUGAACGGAAGGUGGAGAGGAAGGUGAGGCAUGAUGACAUCCGCAAGAAGUAUGGUCUUGUCCCUGACUCUGACCACCCAUACAGCAAGUUUGAAAAUGAGUAAACCAGAAACCUGUGUGAGAGUGAAGAGAAGUUGUUCAGAUGGCUCUACUCUGCUCCAUCCUUCUUUGGACUGACUAUCAUCCUGUCCUGCUGACUGUUUUAGCUUCGAGAGCAGAGACACCCUACUCUUGAGAGACACACAAACACCUAUAUAUCAGACCGGUCUAUCAUCAUGAUUCAUCUAAAUCAAACCUUUGCCUAUAAUUAUUAAAUGCAGUUUUUAUUCAUUCAUUUUAGGUUUUGAAUGAAAACGAUUUACAGUUUGAGAAAAUGUUACGUUUGUCAUACGAUUAAGAAGUUUGAGGAAGUCUGUAAUAUUUCGUUUGCUGUUGGAGACAUGGCACUGAGUGGAGCUUCUUAACUUUCUGCACAUUCUUUGUAUUUUUGUGAAAUCUGAUUUAAAGAGCCUUUGUUUUAAAUUACUGUAAUAUCUGUGAGUUCGUUUGCGCUUUGUAUAUAUUUCAUAAACCAAGAACAUAAUAAUCUAUGCUCAAUCUGAUACAUUUCCUAAUAAAAUGUUUCUUUCAAAGUAAAA